GAAGUCAGAUGUUGCUGUUGAGUCACCCCUGACUGGUAAUAGCCAGAUAGCGGAAAACAGCUAGAGAUGAUGGUGGAGAGUUCGGCAUCUUUGAACCAUUCCAGAGAGUGAAUAAAUGCGUUUUUCAAUUAGGAUAUCGCCUUGAGCAUUUGUGCUUUACUUUACAAGACUGACGUUUAAUCAAAAUGAUGGAAGAAAUUGACAGAUUUCAAGUACCACCAGUAAAUCCAGAGCUGUUGGUAAGUGAUCCCGCAGCAACGUCCACUUUGGAGGCUGAAACAGGAACGAGAGAAUCAGAGUCAGUCACCAUCAACUACAAGCCCUCUCCACUGCAAGUGAAGAUAGAGAAACAGCGAGAGCUUGCGAGGAAGGGCUCAGUGAAGAAUGGAAUUGUGGGUAGUCCAGUAAAUCAGCAGCCCAAGAAAAAUAAUGUUAUGGCCAGAACAAGGUUGGUUGUCCCUAAUAAAGGCUAUUCAUCCUUAGACCAGAGUCCAGAUGAGAAGCCACUUGUAGCACUGGACACUGACAGUGACGAUGACUUCGAUAUGUCCAGAUAUUCAUCAUCUGGAUAUUCCUCAGCCGAGGUGAGAUGUCUAAAUUACCAGCAAAUAAACCAAGAUUUAAACAUCCAGCUGCUGAAGGAUGGCUACCGACUGGACGAAAUCCCAGAUGAUGAAGACCUAGAUCUCAUCCCCCCCAAAUCAGUCAACCCCACCUGCAUGUGCUGCCAAGCAUCUUCCUCCACAGCCUGUCAAAUUCAGUAACCCCAGCCUUCCUUGGACCCCUCCUGUCCCAAGCCUGUGAGUUAAACUCACAGUUAGCACCCUCAGCAUAGAUUAACAACUAAAGAACUUAAAAAACAAUAGAA